AGCGACGAUUGUUAGAUCCCGAAGUGUAAAAGAUGAACGAGGUGUUCUUGAGGUUUGGACACUUAACGGAAACGAAUUUGAAGUUUAUCAUCACAUUCAAAUACCAUCAUCCCCACUCUGCACGGCGUGGCUUGGCACAGGGAGCAUCGUAGCUGUUGGUAGCCAGGAUCCUUCCAUUCUAAUUUGGUUGGGACAUUGAUGAUAUUAAUGAUACUGUAGAGCCAUUCUAUGUCAUGGAUACCUCUGAUGGUCACACUGACUCAGUACUUGCCCUUGCGUGGAACCAAGAGUGCAGGUUUCUUAAUGCAUGCUGUCUGUAACCUUAUCUUUCUGUUUUUACUUUCUUUUAAUGACACUUGUUUUCACAUUCUUAGCUCUAUUUUUGCAAGUGCUAGUGCUGACAAACUUGUAAAGAUAUGGGACAUGAUCACUGGAAAAUGUGUUACUACCCUAGAUCAUCACUUAGACAAGGUUCAAGCAGUUGCUUGGGGUGACCAUGCACCAUAUCUUCUUGUUAGUGGCUCUUCUGAUCGUACUAUUGUCGUGAAGGAUAUGAGGGCGCCAUUAUGCACAGUCUCUCAGUUUUCAGUCGAAGCUAAUGUAGAGAGCUUGAUCUGUCAUCCACACUCUCUUUUGGUGGGUCUUGAAAAUGGUAUGGUCGAGGGUUAUCGUGCUCAGCCUCUUUUUUCCAUACCCGCUCAUGAUGAAUCUGUUACAACAGUAUCCUACAAUCCAUGCCGCAGGAAUAUUCUUGCUACUGGAUCCUUGGAUGGAAUGGUAAAACUUUGGGAUUUGUCCAACAACCAACCAACUUGUGUAGCAUCUAAGAAUUUUGGAGUAGGAAGUAUAUAUUCUAUUUCUUUCUCAGAGAAAGAUCGCUUUAUGUUGGCUAUAGGAGGGGAAACAGGAAAAUUGCAGAUAUGGGACACAUCGAAGUACCCAUAAUCUCUCCAAGAAUUGACCGGCCUCAUUUGUUACUAUUCGCCGAAUACCGUUCUUAUUUAAACAUAAAUAAUCUCUGCGUAACAGAAAAAAAAGAAAAAGGAAAGUACAUUAUUUGCUCUAAAUUCUAAUGUGUUAUUUUGUACAUAUACUUUAUUAAUAGAGUUCAUGUUAUUUCA